AUGCCCUUAAUUAAAAGUGAAUUAUUAUCUGGUGUUUUAAGUGAUCUAUGUUAUCCGAUAAGUCUUAGAGAAAUCUUUAAGAAUAUAUGUCGUCAUCAUCCAGAGGUCUCCACACACUUUCUUACGAACAUUAAAACUGCCAUAGAUGCUGGGAUGCGCUACGGUUAUGUCGAUAAAAUCAAUGAUCAAUAUCACGCCUUGACUUACAGUGUCUUUGAAGACUUGAGUGAUCAACCGUCGCAUUAUGAAUUAGAGCGUAGCGAUUCGUUUGUGAUUAAGCCUCUGGACUUAAGUUGUAGUGGUAUGAGCGAAGCAGUGGAUACUGACCAAUUGGGCAGUCAAAGUGAUGAAGGCGCUGGUAAAAAUCAAGAUAAUUAAAACAAGACUAUGUGUUGUCAUAGCAACAAUCAAUUGAGUCUAUUAAAAUUCCCUCCUACUCCAGUGCAAUUUUUCCAUAUUCGCACAAUCGCUGUCGUUAACGCAUUACUCGUGGCCGUAAUCGUUGAAAGUCUAUUAGCCUUUUUGUUCACUCCGUAAUUCAUAAAAUUUGUACAGUAAUGCCAGUCCUUUAAUAAACAAAUUUUGCGUCUCGAAUUAAAUAACAUAAACUAAUGCAUGAUUUCAAUUUUAUUACAUAGUUGGCAUGCGCAGUUAAAUCCUUUGCGAGGCAAAUAAUUGAUUUGCAUUCAACAUCUUGAAAGUGGAUUUAAUGAAAAUGGCGAAUAUGAUUGAUCAAGAUUAGCCUUUAUCGCGAUACAAAUAUCUCAAAAUUCCUACAACCUAUACAGUACUUUAGACCAUCUUGCCGAGAUAUUAGUGUUCAUUUCUUUAUUUUAUUUUUGAUUCUGCGUCGACUGGUAUUGUGAUGGAUGCAAAAAAAAAUUGACUUUUAUUUUGCAAUUCAAAGAUGACGUCAUUGUAAGCCUGGUUUUGACAAUCUAUUUUUCGGGAAACGAAGAUGUGUUCGAAUAUAAUUCCUAUUUCUUUUUCAUCAAAGAUUUUUGCAACCAAAAAUGUCACUUUCAUGCAUCUGUCAAAGACAAGAAAAGAUCCAACUAUCCUUUCCGGGCGAUUUGGGAUGAAUGUCGAAAUUUUAAGGAAAUAAUUUCGCAUAGGUAAUGUGUUUUUUUCCAUCUUUUCUAGAGGAUUCCAAUCAUCUGAGAAAUGAAUUGAUGGGUUAAUGUAGUAGUGUCACCACGUAGAUGGUCUGGAAAUGUGUUUUCGGUGAUUGGAAGAAGUGCAAACGUUAUAGUGACAUUUGGCUCGUCAUUAGAUACGCUAGAGCAUUUCGUUUAAUACACUUAUUUCAUAUAAUGACUUUUCAAAAGAAGGAGUGGUCGAAACAGUAGUCCGUUCUGCACCAUUUUCCAUAGCUUUCGCUCUUAGGAUAAAACACGUCAGAGUAGCAAAUUGCGACCUGUAGGUUGAAUGAAUAUAUGAAAACAAGACAGACGGACAGACAAUACUAGACCGAUGUGAAAAUUAAUUCGGAAUGGAUCGGUAUAAUGAAGAGAUGAGUGUAUUUUAAACGGAGCCUUAUUUGCGGAAUGGUCGAAAGAAGUAGUCUAAUCUAAUCUACUUGCAGCAGCUUUCGUCGUUGCACCAAAACACGUCGACUUAUUAAAUGUAAUUUAGAAGAUGAUUUUGAAUCGAUUGGUAAAGCAAAUUGUGGACACGUUACUAAAUACUCAUGUAUCAUAAGUGGCGUAGGUUGUAAGACGAAAAAAAAAAAAA